GACAGAGACAGGUUAUCAGAGCUCCACUCGUGACUACAUCUCUGUGCUUUCUGCCAUCCUGGGCGCUAGCGGGAAUUGCGAUGCAAUUCAUUAAAUUGCUUCUCAGUCUCAAGAGAUGACAAAGCCCUUGCCCUUGCUUCUGAUUUAAGGUAAGAUAAUUUGGGCUGCAAGCAGUGUGCAUCUUGGAGCAAGGAGGCCUUGACAUCAAAAAGGAAGAGUCCUAUCGGGGCAAGGAGACAGCCCAGAGAGGCUGUCACCGAGGGAAGGUAGGUGUGCAGUCACAGUGAGGUUCCAAAGACUAAGGGCUAAGACACUGAGAGUCUCAGCUUCUGUGUAACCUCACCCAAGUCACUUCCCUGGUCUACGACCCAGUUUCCCAGAUAUGCAAAGGGUCCUUUAGACCACGCCCCUAAACCCCUUUUUAAAAGUCAGGGGCGUGGCUUAACGAGGCGCGCGCUUCCCGGGUCCCGCCCGCAGGCCCUACGUAGUGCUUGCCGCCCGCCGCCGCCGAGGAAGCCGCAGCGAGGUCGUCGCCCGCCGCCUCGGGGGCGGGACCCUCGCGCGUCAGGGCGGGGCCUGUGGUCGAGCUCCGCGGUGCCGCCGCCCCGCCCACGCCAAUUCGCCGGUCUUCGGGCGCGUCACGUGACGGGUCGGCGGCGCUGGCGGUUGCUGUCAGCUGAUUCCCGGGGUUGGUGGCAGCGGCGGUAGCAGCGAUGGACUUUCUCCUGGGGAACCCGUUCAGCUCUCCAGUGGGACAGCGCAUCGAGAAAGCCACAGAUGGCUCCCUGCAGAGCGAGGACUGGGCCCUCAACAUGGAGAUCUGCGACAUCAUCAACGAGACAGAGGAAGGUCCCAAAGAUGCCCUCCGAGCAGUGAAGAAGAGAAUCGUGGGGAAUAAGAACUUCCACGAGGUGAUGCUGGCUCUCACGGUCUUAGAAACCUGCGUCAAGAACUGUGGGCACCGCUUCCACGUGCUGGUGGCCAGCCAGGACUUCGUGGAGAGUGUGCUGGUGAGGACCAUCCUGCCCAAAAACAACCCACCCACCGUCGUGCAUGACAAGGUGCUCAACCUCAUCCAGUCCUGGGCCGACGCGUUCCGCAGCUCGCCCGAUUUGACAGGUGUGGUCACCAUCUAUGAAGACCUACGGAGGAAAGGUCUGGAGUUCCCCAUGACUGACCUGGACAUGCUGUCGCCUAUCCACACGCCCCAGAGGACCGUGUUCAACUCAGAGACAGCAUCAGGACAGGAUUCUGUGGGCCCUGACAGCAGCCAGCAGGAGGACUCUGGCCCGCACACCGCCCCUCUGUCCACCCCGGCCAUACUCUCUGGUGACACACCCAUAGUACCAACCCCGGAGCAGAUUGGGAAGCUGCGCAGCGAGCUGGAGAUGGUGAGUGGGAACGUGAGGGUGAUGUCGGAGAUGCUGACGGAGCUGGUGCCUACCCAGGCUGAGCCCGCAGACCUGGAGCUGCUGGAGGAGCUCAACCGCACGUGCCGAGCCAUGCAGCAGCGGGUCCUGGAGCUCAUCCCUCAGAUCGCCAAUGAGCAGCUGACAGAGGAGCUGCUCAUCGUCAAUGACAAUCUCAACAACGUGUUCCUGCGCCAUGAACGGUUUGAGCGGUUCCGAACAGGCCAGACCACCAAGGCCCCAAGUGAGGCCCAGCCGGCAGCUGACCUGAUCGACAUGGGCCCCGAGCCAACAGCCCCCGGCAACCUCUCCUCCCAGCUGGCAGGAAUGAACCUAGGCUCCAGCAGUGUGAGAGCCGGCCUGCAGUCUCUGGAAGCCUCUGGUCGACUGGAAGAUGAGUUUGACAUGUUUGCGCUCACACGAGGCAGCUCGCUGGCUGACCAACGGAAGGAGGUAAAAUACGAAGCCCCCCAAGCAACAGACGGCCUGGCUGGAGCCCUGGACGCCCGGCAGCAGAGCACUGGUGCGAUGGGAGGCGGCCAUGAGAAGAGCCUCAGUGACUGGAUGGUGAGACAAGGCAUGAUCCCAGUCACACAGGCCUGCCUCAUGGAGGACAUCGAGCAGUGGCUGUCCACUGACGUGGGAAAUGAUGUGGAAGAGCCCAAGGGGGUCACCAGCGAAGGUAAAUUUGACAAAUUCCUGGAAGAACGGGCCAAAGCCGCGGAUCGACUGCCCAACCUCUCCAGUCCCUCAGCCGAGGGGCCCCCGGGUCCCCCACCUGGCCCAGUGGCCCGAAAGAAGACCCAGGAGAAAGAUGACGACAUGCUGUUUGCCUUAUGAGUGUGGGGUCUGGCACCCUGCAGCCCAGGUCCCUGCUGCUCUCACACCCUUAGGCUGGGGCCUCCCUCCCUCCUCUGGUGUUAAGGCUGCUUUGGGGGUGGCUCGUUACCCCCUCUUCUCCUUCUUGAAGAUGGAGCUGCCCCAGCUGCGGCUGGGGGCGUGGAGGCAGCAGGAUGAACUGGGGACAGAUCAGCGCUGCCUUGGAUCUGGCUGCUCCGCCUUUCCCACCCCAGCCGUCUCCGCCCAGGGCCACCCAGCAAAGUCACCAUGAGACUUUGCUGAGAAGUGGAGCCCCCAGGACAGGCUGGCUUGCUGGCUGGUUGACCCAGGGUGACUCUCCUUCACUGAGUGAUGCCCUGCUCUGGACCCAUGCCCCAACGAGCCCUUCAGAGCCCACACUGCCAGUGGAGGCUGGCCACACUGGAAGUUCUGCCGAGCCUCCGGUCCAUUCCCUGGUCUGCCUCAUGGGGCCCCAUGGCUUCGGCCAGCCAUAAGGGCAGGGCGUGGAGGUGUGGAGGCCCCCUGAGGAGCUGCCGUGGCCCAGGCACAAAGCUGCAACUCUGCACGCAGUAGCUGAGAGGCUGCAGGUGGGGCUCCGGGGAUGCUGGAUGCUGGCCUCGCCUUCCCUCCACUGCCUUGUCCGUCCCCUUCCUCUGUUCCUCCUGGCCGGGCACCAUGGCACUGGAGCGCACCUGUCGGUUGAUCCUCUCGUACUGGGAGAGGUGCCUUUUGUAUCCCCAAUUAAAGGUAGAAAACCACCCUGCUAGCA